UUGGACAUUGUCCCUUCAAAUGAGUUACUUUUAACUUUGUACCAACGUAUUUAUUUAUUUCUGAGUGGCCAUAAAACCUCAUCCUCGUAGCCGCUAGAAAAAUACUCAUCAGAAUGACCAGCUCUAACUCUGAUGAUCGCAAUAUUUUCGUCUCGCCGUUUUUGAAUUUUGACCCAUCUAUUUUGGUCUCGAAUCCCGAAGAGCAGUUCAUCUUUCCCGAAGGGGAGAAACGUCGAGGUCGCUUUGAGCGAUCGUUUUCCGAAAUCGGAGCUAUGGUUAUUGGGGGUGCAUCUGUUGGGGGGAUCAAAGGAUUAUACAGCGGUUUUAAAGAUUCAGAAAUAAAGAAUCUUCCGACACUUGCUAUCAGACGAACUCAAAUGCUGAAUCAUCUUACUAAAUCCGGAGCAACACUUGCUCAGACUGCAGGUUCGAUAGGGUUUAUAUAUGCUGUGGCAGAUUUCUUGAUCUACAAAUUACGUGGUAAUGCAGAAGAUGAGAUAAAUACAAUGGCAGCAGCUACGACUACCGGUUUAGUGUAUACUUCUCCUGGAAUGUUUAAACCAGGUGGCUGGAAACGUUGCGGCUUUGGUGGGGUUGCUGGGUUUGCUGUUGGUGCGAUCGCUGUUACUGUUACAAGCUGGUCUAGAAUAAAACAUAUGCUUGGCGGAUAAGUGACACUAAUGUAAUUUUAAUUAUGUACAUUGACAUUUUAUCUAGUAUCCGGAAAAAUUACUUUUUAAAUAUAUCUUGAAUUGUUAUCCUUGUUCUCAAUAAUGACUUAUAAGAAAUACAAUAUUGUUUUGACCCUACAACUUUGCAAAAAUUAAGAAAUUCUAAUUUCUCAGAUUAUACACUUAAAUUAUUUGCCUCGGAAAAUACUGUAAAAAUAGUUUGGAACAGUGUAAAUGCUCAAAUGGAAUAAUUAGC